ACAUUGUUCGACAUGGCGAUCCCCACCAAGUUGCCUUUCUCCAAACGGCGGCUUCGACCGCGCGUGAUCAUUUCCUACAUCCUCGACUACGUGAUCCUCGUCGCCUGUGUUAUCGGCUUCUGGAUCCUCGACUCCGUCGAACCCUACCAUCAACACUUCUCCCUCCAGAACAUCUCGAUCCAAUAUCCCUAUGCCGUGCACGAGCGCAUACCCAUUGCCUAUGCCCUCUGCAUCUCGGGCGCUUUCCCAGUAGCGCUAAUCGUCAUCUACACCCUCUUCAUCGAUGGCUUGUUCUCGCACAACAAACCACAGGAUCCGGUUUCGGGAAAGCGAAGGCUGACUGGCCCUCACCGAUGGAAGGAUAGACUUUGGGAACUGAAUUGCGGGAUUUUGGGUCUGCUGUUGGCGCAGGGAAUCAAUUUUGUGAUCACCCAGGCGCUCAAGACCGCCUGUGGCAAGCCCCGGCCUGAUCUCAUCGACCGCUGUCAGCCACUGCCAGGCAGCAAGGAUCUUUUCCCCGGCCUGUCAAAUUCUACAAUUUGCCAGGGCGAUCCUGCGAUCCUGAAGGAUGGAUUCCGGUCAUGGCCAUCAGGCCACAGCAGCUCCUCAUUCGCCGGUCUAGUCUACACAUCCCUCUGGCUCGGUGGGAAGCUUCAUGUCAUGGACAACCGCGGCGAGGCCUGGAAACCCCUCCUGGUCAUGGUUCCACUUCUCGCGGCGACCCUCGUUGCCGUCUCGAGAAUUAUGGACGCCCGCCACCACCCCUUCGAUGUGAUUACUGGCUCCAUGCUGGGCACCGUCUGCGGUUAUGUCUCAUACCGGCAGUACUUCCCACCGAUCACUGAAGCCUGGCGCAAAGGUCGCGCCUACCCAAUCCGCACCUGGGGUACUGAUCCCGCCGGCCCCGAUGCUGUCCGGUUAGUUGGCAAGGAAGACAGUAUGACCGCACUCCGUAACCCAGAGGAUGAGCGCAUGGAUCCGGAUAUCCCCAGAUCGGAACGUCCCAGACCGGAUGACUCGACGUAUCUCAACUCUUCAAAUCCCUUUGCCUCGAACAUGUACAAUCGCCGGCCGCAUGAUCACGACCCUGAUGGCGGUGCUUGGUCGUCCAGCGAAGAUGACGUGACGAACAAUGGCUAUGAGAUGCGACACGGGUAUUCAAUGUCGCAGAACCCCGCCGGUCGUCAUAUGCCGCAGUACGAUCCGAGUAAUGCGUAUGUGUCACAGACACAACCACUGACCACCGAAGUGACGGCGGGCCCGGGACGGCCGUUGACGGACGUCCCUGGUCGAGCUAUUUAG